UACCUCAGUAUGUUGAUUGAACACACAGCAACUCUUCAGUGUUUCCAGUAUGUCGGCACAAAUACGCGUGUAAUAUUUAUUUAGGAAAUUAUCUCAUGUGUUUUGAUAGUUACUGUACUGUUUUAGAUUUUAAACUUCGCGAUGGGUUUGUUGACGAUCUUGAAGAAGAUGAAACACAAAGAGCGUGAAAUGCGACUACUGAUGCUUGGUCUUGAUAAUGCGGGAAAGACAACCAUCCUGAAGAAGUUCAACGGCGAGGAUGUCAGCACUAUUUCUCCAACGUUAGGUUUCAACAUAAAGACGCUUGAGCAUAGGGGGUUUAAGCUGAAUAUUUGGGAUGUGGGAGGCCAGAAGUCAUUACGCUCAUACUGGAGGAAUUAUUUUGAGAGUACAGAUGGACUGGUGUGGGUAGUGGACAGUGCUGACAGAUUGAGACUGGAGGACUGCCGGAAGGAGCUGAGUGCUUUAUUACUAGAGGAGCGACUAGCAGGAGCCACUCUAUUGGUUUUUGCCAACAAACAGGACCUGCCCGGUGCUUUAUCAAAAGAUGGCAUACGAGAGGUUUUAGCCCGUGAUGACAUCAAGACCCAUCACUGGUGUAUAGUGGGCUGCAGUGCAGUGACUGGCGAGAACCUACUGACAGGUGUGGACUGGCUUCUUGAUGACAUUGCAGCUCGUAUCUUUACAACAGAUUAAUGGAUUGAGCAUUUCAUCACAUGUUGCACAAUUCAGGCUCAUUGGAUGUAGUUAAUAGUAGCUGUACUACCAUCAGGUUGUGCAUUUUUUUUUUUAAAGUCCACAAGAAAAGCCUUGUGCUUUGAAUGGUAAAGCUUAAACCAUGUUGAAGUUUUUGUGUACUUUACUUGACGACCUUUCAAGUUGGAUCAGAGCAACCAUUUAAGAACAACAGGCUUUGUCUACAAAACUUUUUCCCCAUUUGAUUAGGUCUUGUUUUAUUAAAAUGGCUGCUUACACUUGUGCUUAAGAAACCAUAUUCUGAUUCUACAGUUUAUUCUACAGGCCAGCCUCUUUUGACCAAAUUGGAGCCACAUUUUCUAUUGGUUUCAAGUGGCAUAAAUGCUGUAAGGUUGUUCCAAACAAAAAUUACUUUAAGGGGACCUAUUAUGCAAAAUUCACUUUUACAUGGUGUUUGAACAUAAAUGUGAGUCGGCAGUGUGUGUACACAACCACCCUACAAUGUUUAAAGUCCACCCACUCCUCUUUCUUAUAUUUCUAUUAAUCAAAAACAGUGCCUCAAAAUGACUGGUUUUCGUAUCCGCUCUAAAGUGACGUCACUUUAGAGCAGACCACGCCCACGACUGGUGACAGACUCCACCCUAUUAUCAUAGAUCAUCCCGAGUGAUCGACACACAGUCCGCCAUUUUUUUCCGCGCUGGAGCAGCUACAGUGAGAAGAAUAAUGUCUCAACUUCGUAAGCGUUAGAAGUGUUCUGUUGUUGGCUGUAAAAGUGAACAUAAGAGCCUUCAUGUACUCCCGGCAUCAGAGCCACUGAAGAUGCAGUGGACAAGUUUUGUUUUUGAAGAAAAUGUGCCCCAAAACAUGUAUGUUUGUGCAAAUCAUUUUACACUGGACUGCUUUGUGAAUGAGGGUCAAUGUAAAGCAGGAUUUUCAAAAAAUUUGACUCUCAAGCAUGGAUCAGUUCCAACUGUUCGUGUUCCAGCUUUAUAUCCUGAAGAUGUAAGUAUCGCACUUUAUAUUUUGUGAAUGUUUGCAAAUCGCCUUUCCGAAUGUGCUUGUUAGCUGAUUCCACGGCUAAUGCAGCUAAAGUUACCAUUGUCUCUGAUUGUAUUCACAGAGACCAGAGCUAUGUCGUUAUAGCUUGUUCGCACAUGACGUCACAUCACUGUGUUGCUGUGGUGUGAAAUGCAGAUGAGGGCAGGAAGUGAUUUUCUACAUAAAAAGCACUAUCACAAACUCGAAAUGCCUAUGUUUUGCGUCGUUUACGGUUGCUCAUACAUAUUUGGCUGAACUCCGGUAUUUACGGUGUCAGUCAUAUUGGUUCUGAUUUGUUGUUGCUAUAGCAUGAGCUGUAAAGGCACAGCCCUCUUAAGGAAAGGGGGCGGGGAGCAGCAGCUCAUUUGUAUUUAAAGACAUGAAAACAGCACGUUUUUGAUUCCACCCAAAAAGAGGCAUUUACAACAUGGUAUAAUAAAUGAUCCGUGGGGUAUUUUGAGCUGAAACUUAAGACACAUUCUGGGGACACCUGAGGAUAUUACAUCUUGUAAAAAGGGGCAUAAUAGGCCUUCAGAGCUCAACUCCACACUUUCCACCCUCCAAAGCACUCUGUGGAUAGUCUUGGAAAGGAAUCAGGCAUAUGAGUGAUCACUUCAAUGGAACUUAAGUCAUUAAUUUCCAUAAACUUUUAGUCCUUAUUUGUCCCCCAGUACCACCAGCCCACUAAAGGGCAGUAAAUGACCACCCUUUCUGCAGUCUUCCUGGACUUUAGCUUAGCUUUUACAUUUGCCAUGAUAUGGUUCAUACCAGCCACUUGGGCAUUAGCACAGGUCUUUUCUUUUUCAUAUGGUUUUUUGUUAAACAACCUUCCACUGCAUUCAUGUCAUGGGGGUAUAUUCAAGUUUAGUUCCUAGCAUCUUUACAUUAUUUCCUUGGGGAAAAAAACUUGCUAAACUUGGCCAAUGAAGCACUGUUUGGGCAAAGACCAUGUUGUUGUGCCAUCCAUUUAAAAAAAAAAAAAAAUGGCUAGGGGUAGAUUACAUCUGAUUUGUAAUCUGGUAUUGACUACAUGACUAAAAUAGUCAGUAAUGUAAUCUAAAAUGACUUUGGAUUACUUCAGACCCAGUUCUUUUUUUGUUAUAUACACAUUGUCAAAAUGGUACCAGCUACUCCAAUGUUGCUUAAAAGGCAUUAAAGAACUUAAAAUAUGAGAA